CAGCUCAGGAAGCAGAGCCUGGGGUGUCCCCACCAUGGCCUGGGCUCCGCUCCUCCUCAUCCUCCUGGCCCACUGCACAGGAUCUUUGGCCAAGGUUGUCCUCACCCAGCCCAGCUCUGUGUCGGGGACUCCAGGGCAGAAGGUCACCAUCUCCUGCACCCGCAGCAGUGGCAACAUUGGGGAUGGCUAUGUGCACUGGUACCAGCAGCGCCCGGGCAGUGCCCCCACCACUGUGAUCUACCUGGAUGAUGAAAGACCCUCUGGAGUCCCCGAUCGGUUCUCUGGCUCCAUCGACAGCUCCUCCAACUCUGCCUCCCUGACCAUCUCUGGGCUGCAGUCUGAGGACGAGGCCGACUACUACUGUCAGUCUUAUGAUAGCAGCUACAGUUAUGUGUUCGGCGGUGGGACCAAGCUGACCGUCCUAGGUGGGCCCAAGGCCGCCCCCUCGGUCAGUCUGUUCCCACCCUCCUCUGAGGAGCUCCAAGCCAACAAGGCCACACUGGUGUGUCUGAUCAGCGACUUCUACCCGGGCGCCGUCACCGUGGCCUGGAAGGCAGACGGCAGCCCCGUCACCCAGGGCGUGGAGACCACCCAGGCCUCGAAACAGAGCAACAACAAGUACGCGGCCAGCAGCUACCUGAGCCUGUCAGCCGCCCAGUGGAAAGCUCGCAGCAAGUACAGCUGCCAGGUCACGCACGAAGGCAGCACCGUGGAGAAGUCAGUGUCCCCUGCAGACUGUGCCUAGGCCCCGGCCCCCACCCCACCCUCGGGGCUGGAGCUGCAGGAGCCCAGGGAGGGGUGUCCCCUCCCUCCCAGCUCAUCCCAGCCCCUGCCCUGCACCCAAUGAGCCCUCAAUAAAUAUCCUCGUUGUCAAUCAGAAA